GAAUGCCGGACUGUCAACACAAACAUCACUUGAUUCCUUCAUCAACUCUUCACUCCAAUUGUGUCCAAAUAGUGAGUCCAUUGAAGUGAUGUCUCUAUCACUGAUCCGCAGAUUGACCGCCAAUUUAGUCCGAUUUGAGAGCCAAAGGGUGUGUUAUGGGAGUGGUGUGUGGAGUGGCCAAAGAGUGAUCCCUAUCUGGAGAAUGAGUUCCUUUGCGUUCAGUUCAGUGAAUGACUUGAAGGUAGAGCACAACCAUCUCAACAGACAGUUCUUCAUACAGAUGGGCAAAGACAAAGCUGUCCUGGAUUACAAGGAAAUUAAAGGAGGGCUUCUCGAACUACAUCACACCGGAGUGCCUAAAACGCUGAGAGGCAAAGGAAUCGGCGCAAUACUGGCCAAGGAAGCGUUUGAUUACGUGGUUCGGAACAACCUGCAAAUGAUAGUGUCGUGUACUUACCUUCAGAAGUACCUGAUGGACAACCAAAAGGAGGAAUAUCUGAAGCAACUGUAUCACGAUUCGUCACAUCCUGAUGAAUAAAUUGAUGAAUAAGUGAACCACUAAUGACUAAUGAAUAGGAAUAUGCUUGUAUAGUUUGUAAACAAAUGCUCAUUUUAUUCUUAAUGACAAAAUUUUAAUUAUUAAACAAAUAUAUAAUAAAUUUUAAAAUUUUAUUGUAAUUCCGCCACCGAUUCGAGUGAUCCGUUACUUAUAUAUAAUAUAACGAGAAAAAGAUUGCAAUAAAUUAUUGCACAAUAAAAAUAUUAAUAUCAAUAUUACGUUAAAUUUGAUUUGAAAGAGAGGAACACUUCAUAAAUCACAGCAUUAUAUAUAUAAUCAAUAUUUGUAAUCAUAAUGAAAACCUGAAAAAUGCGAAAUUGAGGC